AUGCGCGACGACGUGGCUAAAAUUGCCGCAUCGACGAGCAUCCUGAUUCUCUCAUGGAUUGUCCUCUAUCACUCGUGCCGAAGGGCUUCUACUGUCUACUUUUUUGAGCUUGACUCAACUACAGUAAUCUUUAUGGAUAAGGUGCCUGCAAUGAUCCUUCCAUUUGUGUUUUCCAUCGUUCUAUACUUCGUUUAUCUUGGAACCAAAAGAAGCGCCGAUAUUGAAAAAGAUCGAGAAGUUGCCAGAGAAGCUGAGAAAGAAUUGAAGGCGUCUUCGUCUCUCAAUUCUCGAAAAGUUUCCCGUGAGAUCAGUCGACGAGCUUCGGUGUCGUUGGGAGAUGAACAAGCAGAACAACAGCAAAGAAUUCGAAGAUUGCUCUCUGAUAUCGAAGAAGCAGACAUUGAGAACACAGUUCGAAGUCAUAGAAAACGUAUGGAAGAGGAGGAAGAUAUCGCUCCGAAGCUUCUGGAAGAAGACGAAGAAACUGACACUCCGCCACCGAGAAAACUGACUUCUCGAUUCAUUGUGGAAGCAGCUGAAGAUGGAAGUAAAAUCAUUAUACCUCUUGAAUCGAUGUCAGUGACUCCCGAAGUUCGAAGUCGUACCAAUUCAAAAAGCACGCAUGAUAUGCUCGGAACUCAUCGUGGAUCAUCCAGCAAUUGGAUAUCAGCUAGUCAACGAUCUAGCCGAAAAUCCUCAAUGAAUGGCUCACCGGACAAAAACCAAUUGGUGUGGACUUGUGGCGAUGAAGGAUCAUCUACUGCAGAGAAAUGUGAUAUUUAUAAGAAACUGGGAGAUGUUGAUCUAUUCUCGUAUUCGCUGAGUGCACUCAGUUUGUUACCGAGGAGUGACGAUGGACCGAGAGUCUACAUUCAACUCGAUCUCCUCGACAUCAUUGCCGAACUCUUUGCCGUGCACGUACCCAUCUGGGCAUCUGUUGCCUGUAUCCACAUCAUCCUUCUGGAAUCAUUCAGUCAACACAUGUCCUUUUACUUCUACUAUCAUGAAGAGUCAAUGAUGUACGCCUCACUACUAGUCUCCCUAUCUUUUGGUCUCUACCAUGAAUGUGCUGGAAAUUGGAUCUCAAAUGAUAUUCUGGCUUUCGCCUCAAUUUACGUCGUCUGCUCCAGAAUUCAGGCAGUCAGUUACGAGACCGCUGUGAUUUUUGUUGUCGGAAUGUCACUGUUUGAUCUGUUCUUCUUCUACGUCAUUGAUCUUCUCAGUACUGUAACUAAAGAAAAUCGGGCUCCAUUAAUGAUUCUUGUUCCUCGAGACACGAAAGGAAACAAACAAAGUUUGGCAGCUCUCGACGUUAUGGUUCCCGGAAUCUUUUUGAACGUCGUUCUCAAAUACAGCUCAAUGUACGACACGAAUCUUUUUGCAAUCACUUUUUCGGCUGUUUUCGCAUCUCUUGUAAUUACUGUAUUUUUCUCAAUUUGGAGAUCAAAAACCACUCCAGCCAUGGUCCUCCCAGCUAUAUCUGCAAUAAUCUUCUCGAUCGGAUUCGCCAAUCACUUGGAAGAUCUGUGGAAGUUCAUGAUCAAACACUAG